GCAGCCCGUCCUCACCCGAGCAGUUGCAGACAGCUGUUGAUGGUGUUGAGCAACUGCUGACAGAACAGGGCAACAUGAACGACCAGCAGCAGAACACGGGCACAGCCCAACCCCAGGAAGGUGUGCAAGGAUAUAAUCAGCAGCUGACGCGGCACGCAAACUUCUCUGCUGGUUCCUUCACAUCCGGCCUGCAGCAGCUGAACCCGGGAGCGCCGGACCCGAUCCUGCUUGUCAUAUCAAAUGCAAAUAUUUCUGGGUGGUCUCCUGGAAGAAUACAAGUUUGUCAUGCUUGUUGCGCUACAACAGCACUUGUCUGUCAUUUAAAAUGGCUAUUUGUCAUGCGCGGCUGCGCAACGCAGUUCGUGUAUCCUUUGGACAUUAGCAUGACAACUUUCCAGACCCAGACAUAUUUGCAAUGCAUAGGAAAACAUGGACGACAAUAACCUGAUGGGGACGAGCAUUGAGCAUC